AUGUUCCUUCCGGAAACCCCCUGUUCUCAUGAUUACUGUUACCUAGGCCUGCCUCUCCACACUACUGACGGACAGUGGUUCGUGCAUGGAUUGACGCUGCCAGCAAAUUUGGCUGAAGUUGAUAGCUACCUUUACAAAAAGCAGAGAGCUCGUUUCGACAACCUUGUCAAGAAUGGGAAACAUCGUGUGAAUACGACCGUAAUCAUUGACACCGAUCGGGCAAAAAAUAUCCAGAUCGAAUCCACUGCCGAAAUGAUUUGGCCACGUCUUUUGACACGGAAUUCUGUGCAUUUCCCGUUGACAGCGCUUGGCAAUUUUACGAUAGUCAACCUCACACUGGCAAAUCCGACGUCGGUCCCUAUUGCAGUACAAGUUAUCCCGUUAGUGAUCUAUCCAGAUGCGGACGCAGUGGUGGAAUUUUUCCGCGAACACCUAAUUACGCCUCUUACUGCUGAGGUGGAAAUGAAUGAGACGUUAAUGUUUUCACUGCGCGAUACCGAACUGUUCACUCUGAAGCCGGAUAGCCCUGUACCAAGACUACGGGAAGAACUUGAAGCUGCCAUACCGCAGACUGUUCCAAGAUUCACUUUAUCGUUGUUGUUGAAACCUCACAUGAAAGUGCGUUUGCGACUAGGCUUUUUGCCAUCGGACUACACUCUUCGUUCAUCCUUGUUACUCAUUAGGAACAAUUUGACGGUGAUUGAACCGGUUGUGGUGUAUGGCAGAGGGGCUCGUAUCGGAAUGCGCGUGGAAAACAUGGAGGCACGGUCGAAACAACCCCUCCUUUUCGAAAUUCGGCAUGAUCAUCUCAGCGAUUGUAAUAAUCCUAAACGUCUGAUGCAUAAGCUCAGUUCCACACUCACUGUUCGUCGUCCGUUUUCGGUAAUGAACUCAGGAGAAGUGCCGUUCACUGUAGUCAAUAUGAGCAUUAACGGUGUGCCUUGUGAAAACCGAGGAUUCCGCAUUCUCAAC